CAAAGUGAGCUGGUUUGGCUUGGUUUGGCUUGGUUUGUUUUAUCAAAGAAGCUGACGAAAUUUAACUUGUUUUCGUGUAUAUUUUAAAUAUAUUUAGCUGUGAUUGUGGUAUUUAAGUGUGAAACAAAGUUGUGCUGUGAUUACUGUUUGCAAAAAGUGUAUGUGCCGGUGUAAAAGUGUUUGAUUGCCGUGGAUAGUGUUGUGAACCAGAUUGCCGGAAUUUAUCGUGAAGCCGUGUAAAAAUGGCAUCAAAAAAAAUGCGAAUGGAUGGCAGUCUUUCGAAAAAACGCCAACAGUAUUUGGAGCAGUUGGAACGCGAAUGGCAAGCGGAGCAGCACCAACCGAAUCUUCCGGGCUCAAGCGGUGUAACGGCAGGACAGGAGCCGAAUCUCAACAUGAAUGUUGAUGAAUCUAACGCCGGAGCGGAGCUAUGUGCGUCUGACGGCGAUGGUGGCUAUGGUGACAUGGAACGGGAAGCCGAAUUCGAUUUACAGGAGGAAAACGAUUGGCAGGAAGAUGAGGAAGAUGUGUACAUGGAAAGAGACACAAACUACCAGUUUUUUGACAACAUAUCGCUGCAGGAAGGACUUCGUUAUGUUGCCGUAACGAAAAAUCUGUCCCGAUCUACGGUCAACAUGAUUCUGGGUCUGUUGCGAAGAAAGCUGAAGCUCUGCCUUCCUGCUGACGCUCGAACCCUCUUAAAAACGUCCACCAAGGUCGGGAUGGAAAUCCAACCAAUCUUGGGUGGGCAGUUUUGGUAUCAGGGAAUAGAGACCGUGAUAAGAGAACAUUUUGGGGAGAUUAUCCCGCAUGUUGAUCUUUUUUCUUUGCAGGUUUUCAUCGAUGGAUUACCCCUUUACAAGAGUUCGGCAAGGCAGUUAUGGCCGAUUCUAUUUAAGGUAGAGGAACUACCAGAUGCACCGGUGAUGCUUGCCGGUGUAUUUUGUGGAUUCACGAAACCGGAUCACGUGGAAGGAUUUUUGCGGCCUCUCGUUGAUGAAGUAAACAAGCUUCAAUCAAGCGGCUUGCGGUUCGGCGACAAGACGGUGGGCGUUAAACUUCACAUAUUUAUCGCUGAUUUACCCGCCCGCUGCUUUGCCAAAGCUACCAUAAGCUACGUUGGCAAACACAGCUGUCAUAAAUGUACAUGCGUGGGAGUACACGAAGGGAAAAAAGUCAUUUUUGAUGAUGUGGAUGCUGAAUUGCGGACUGAGGAAAGCUUUAAAGGCAGGACGGAUAAGGAACAUCACAAAGUUGGAAGUCACCUUUGGAAGAUGUGUUGCAAUUCAUUAAAAACACCGGGCAAAACAAAAUAUAUAACGCCUCAUGAAUCCGUUGUUUAUAGAAGAUCCUGAAUCUGCGUUUGCAGCCACUGCGCUUGAGGUCGGAGAUGAUGGGACGACGAUAUUAUCUAUAAGAUAAUCCAGUUGGCAUUUUACUGUUCCAAUUGCAUUUGUCAGCUUCCAAAUUUGUUUGUCGUGCUCCUGCAUUCCUAAUUGUAUUUCAUUCAUCAUUCCUAACACCUUGUCAAUUUUUCCAUUGAGUGAAGCCAGUGUUUUCUCUGGAUUUUCGCUAGCCUGGUUUUCCAUCGCUGAUAUGGCUAUGGUUUAAAAAUUAGUUGUUUUAAAAUUCUUUCGACCACAAAGUCAUUCUAUCAUUUUAUUUACCUUUUUUCACUUUUUUCUAGCUCUAUUCUCCAAGGCGUGCGGAAAUAAUUUUUUGCUCCAAUCAGUCCAAAAAACGAAGACCAAAUAAAAUUUUCCACCGUUUUGAAACCCAUA